CAUCCCCGCUGAGAGUGUCCGGGGGCCUCGCCCAGCCAGGUCCGGACGCGCACCCGACAGCGGCGCGGGGACGCCGGCCGGGAUCGCUCCGUCCGGCUGCAGCGGCCACGGCCGGGGCGCCGUGUCGGGGCCGGGAUUGGGGCCAUGCUGGGCCGGCGGCGCGUCUUCGCCGUGGAGCCGCUGGGCGGCCGGGAUGGGGCUGGCGAGGACCUGGCACGUGGCUGUGUAGUGCCUGGAGUCACCAGCACCUACAGACGGAUCCCGGAUGCCGCGCCAGGGUGGCCGGCAGACUCCUGCAAGGGGCAUGGCCGGCUGAGAGCACCUGGGAGGCAGGUGCCGCUUCUCAAACUGGCCUCCCAGGACUCAGGAGUGGAGAUGGCGGUUGGGGACAGGUCCCUAGCCACCUCACCGGGCCUUUCUCAAGACUCUCUGAACUCUGAGCCCGUGCGGAGCGCUGAGCCCCUGGCCCUGGGUGCCAUGGAGCCUCCUGCCCGCCUAAGCCGGCUUCUAGCCAGUCGCAAGCUGGAGCAGGUGCUGGAGCGGUCCCGCCAGCUCCCGACUUCCUCUGCCAGCUUGUCACAGUACCGCUCCCCAGAGCCGCCAAGCAACCCUGAGCGUGAAAUGCCCCUUUUUCGAGCAGGAGGACAGGAGGCCACCGAGGCAGAGAGUGACCUAGGGGCAGGCCUGGAAGAAGCAGAGGUGGUGGGGGGCUUGGGGCCUGAAGCCUGGGCCUGCCUCCCAGGGCAGGGUCUUCGCUACCUGGAACACCUGUGCCUGGUGCUGGAGCAGAUGGCGAGGCUGCAGCAGCUCUGCCUGCAGCUGCAGACUCAGAGGGCCCCUGGGGUGAGUGAGCUGUGGGCAGUCGGGCCAGCGGGCAGGCAGGUGAGUGGGGGAUGCAGAGGAUGGGGGGGACCCCUGGAACCAGGACUCCCUUCAGAACAGCCUCAGCCCUCUAGCCAGGCCCUGAAAGCCCGUCUCUCCUGUGCACAGGAUCCUAAAGAGGAGGAGCCGGGCCUGGCGCCUUCACCUCCACCCUCUCACGCCCUGGGCAGUGAGGUACACGGGCAGCAGGAGCGGCUCAGCCACACAGAGGAGGCAGGAGCAAGAACAGCUUCACCCCCAAAGGUAGGGGUGCCCAGCACCAGCCCUUCCAGGCUGUCAGAGGCCCUGGCAGAGCCAGCUCACACCUUUCCACCCUCCCAGGGGCACAGGCGGGAUCUCUCCCACUGGAACAAGGUCAAGGUCCUGCUCAACCGGAUCCGGUGGAGGAGCCCUCGACCUGCUGAAGCCGCUGCCCUACCUGAUGGCUCUGCCCCCAGGAUUGCAUCAAGGGAGCUCCCUGAAAGGCCUCCAGGCCAAACCCUUCAGAAGACCUUUAUGCCAUCAUUAGUGGUUAAGAAGCAACGAGCAAAAAACCUUACUGUAUGCUGAGACUUCCUGGUGCAGGGCUGUAACCCCAGCCGGGGGGAGUGCAGCGAAGUCUUCUUCCUCGCCCUCUGCCCUGUUGCUGCUUCUGGGCACCGCCAGGAAAAGCUGUUGACGCUCAGUUUUCUCUCUGAGGCAAAGGGCUGAGUCUUUCUCCUCUGAGCAGCCAAGGAAGCCUGGGUCCCUGAGAGGCCCCAAGGUGCAGCAGCUCUCGGGCUCCUCCCUGGUUGCCAGAAAUCCCUGGGCUUAGGCAAUGUGAACUUACUGAUUCAUCUGGCGUCCACGGAGUGUGUUUGGCGUGGUGAUCUGUCGGGGCCCAGCGUGUCGCUGGGGACUGUGGGACCGUCAGUGUCGUGAACUGGCUGAAUCCAACCACCUCUCUGGAAUCAUGCACUCAAAGAGUCAGUCUUCAGGGUGAGGUAACUGCAGAACGAUGGACUUGACCUUCACUCCUGAGUGGGCAGUUACUGAUCUGGAGUCCUCCCCUCCUCCUCAUACUUGCAUGGGCAGCCCCAGGACAGAGAAGGGUGCUCUCUUGGCUGCCUCUGCAUUGACUCUUGCCUGAAGACUGCACCAGGGAUGGGAGUCAAGGACAACAUGGGGAACAGCAGAGUAAUCGUCAAGGUCUAUUCUCAGCUGCUUUACUCCUUACUAGCCUUUCCACGUCACAGCUGAAACCAGAGGCCCAUACUAGCUUUUAGACCUUGACAAAAAUCCCUUAACUUUUCUGAGCCAUAGCUACCCACUUAAUCUCCCAGAUGGUAUAAUGAUGCCUGUCCUACCUACCUCACAGGCUUGUUUUGAGGGUAAAGUGAGA